UACAAUAUGAGUCGAAAAAGUUCAUGUGCUAGUUCCGAUUUUACAAUCGAAGGGCAUUACAAACAAACCGAUUGCUUUGUACCAAAAAAUACAAGUACCGAAGAAGAUACUAAACCCACAGUGCGUCUAUUGAAAAUUCCAAAAUCACAAAACGGUGCUUGCGGGUUUCGUUUAACGCGCAGUAAAUGGGAUCCAUAUCCAUGGGUAAGCGCUGUCGACAUCGGCACUCCAGCGAAAGUAUGUGGCUUAAAGGCCGGCGAUUGUAUUUUAGAGGUUAAUGGCGAAGACGUGUUGGGUCUGCGCAUAACGGAUAUUGCAAAAUUGGUUAAAGUUAAAUCAGAGCAUGUCACGUUGUUACUGUGGAACACCGGUCAGGAUGCAAAAUGCGAUCCUGAGAAUCUCUGUUGUGCACCAAUGCCACGAAGCUUACAGCGACUUUCUUUUAUUGUACAAUCCGUACUCUCCAUAAUAGAAUGUCCUGUGUGCCUUGACACAAUCACACCACCCGCCAUGCAAUGUCAGAAUGGGCAUUUACUGUGCGUAAAUUGUCGCAUACGCGCUGAAAAAUGUCCAGUCUGUCGAGAUCGGUACACACCGAGACGUGCAUUAAUUGCGGAGCAGAUAUAUACCAACAUAACGAACGCAUUUAACUUGUGUCGCAACGAAGACAGAUUGCGGCAGAAAAUAUUUGGCACAAGUGUUAAGCAAGCAAAAUCCUUAGACGAGAUGCACAAUCACAACAAACAGCAAAUGCAAGUAUCUGAAAAAUGGGAACACUUAAAUCCGUGCGUUGAAGUUAAUAAAUCUAACGGAAUUGCAGCCAUAAAACCAAAUAAAACCGGAUUGCCUUUGAAGACAUUCCUUAGAAAAAAUUCAAUGCAUAAAUCGUGUUCUAUGGAAAAUCUUGCAAUACCCAUAGCAAAUAGCACCGACAUAAAAGCUCUGGCAAUGCCAUCGACGUUCUCACUUACAACAAAUUCAACAACAAUUGCAGCAAAAAAUAUGCCAUGCCAUAAUAACUUGUCGAAGCAAAUCCUAGUCCACGCGGAUCAAACGCACUGCAUGCCUAACCCUAAGAAUCAAUCGAUUUGUGAGGAAGUCCAAGUCAAUAGUGACAACAUAGGCAGCGCAUAUGUCAGCGGGGAUAUUACAUGUAAGUCAACAAUCAUACGUGAAGGAGCAACCACAAACAGUAGCAACUCAACUGUAACCUCAGCAACAAAUAAACUGAACGCAGUAAAUAGUGUGUCAAAGUAUUUUUCAUUAUCGACAAAUGAUUUAUUGCGCCAACGGCAGCUACCGAAUGACCACAAACAGGAGCAACAAAAACCACAAAAAGAGCAUAAGGGACACCCGUUAUCGCCUGAAGUAUUCACUACAAAUUAUAUGACCUACAUGGACAAUGCACACAGUGCCUCAUUACAGUGUCUGGACAACGAAAUAUGUGAUAAAAUCUCAGCUAAGCUCAAAAGUAAAUCAACGCCAACAUCUACAAGCGCAUCGUUAACAAAUUCACCAUUGCCCAUCUGGUACCAACGUAGACCCUACACAAAGCGCCAUCAUUCGUUGAAAUGCUUACACAAACGUUUAAGGCCAACAGUUGCAGAUAACAACAACAACAGCAACAACAACAACAGCAACAGCAACAACAAUGAUAACUACUACAAAAACAAUGACAAUAGCAGUAGCAAUGAUAAUGAGAGCAGUAGCAAUGACUUUGUUGACGAUAACAACACAAAAGCGAUAACAAGCACAAAAUUAUCAUCAUCUUCCGCAGCAUCAUCAUCAUCAUCACCAUCACCAUCACCAUCAUUAGCAUCGUCAACAACUUGCCUAUGUUGCUCCUCGUGCUCAUCCAGUACAUCUGGUGUUUACACUUCAAUGGAUGCACCAUUUUGCAGUGCAACCAUCAAAGAUGAGUUAUUACCUUUAAAAGCCAACAAUGUGGUCAUAACAGUUGCCUCAUUAGAACAUUUAGCGGCAGUAGCAAACUUAUCAUCACCGUCAGCUUUGAACUCUACUCCAACACCUUCAGCGACAACAUCUUCAUCAGGCGCAUCAACAUUUCAGCCAAUCACAACGUCUGCUGUGGAGUUAAGCUCUAUGAAUUCACCUGUUGGUAAGGAAUGCACAGAGGAUAUGACACUAAAAACAUCUACAUUACCAUCAUCAUCAUCGUCAUCGUCCCAGUUAUCAUUUACAUCCGUUGAGCAUUUGCAGCAACAAAAACAGGAUCCAAAAACCGCUGGCAAAAAUGUACGUGGCUGCUAUUAUUGUCCAUGUAAUUGCGGCAAAACUUUUGAUGCAACACAACAACUGCAGAAUCAUGUAAAAAUGGUUCAUCACUUACCCGUACUCAAUUUUGGUAGCUCAAGUGCGCAACUAGCUUUACCACUUCAUCAACCAGUCGAUAAUGCAGUAAUCAUCCUAGAGCUCAACAACAAUGACAGUAAAAAUGACAACAUAACCAACUGCAGCAGCAGCAGCAACAACAACGCUGGACAGAAUACGUGUCAAGGAGUAACAGAUGUUGAAACUGACAAAGCUGAAGAUGAAGAUGAAAGUGUCAAAAUUGAUGACAAAGUGAUGGCACAUCGCAAUUGCAGUAGCAAGGAAUGCUGGAUUAGAAUAAAAAUGUUAGGCAAGGAUUGCAUACAAACUGCAGCGUUGCUAUUGGGAAGUGUGGCUGAAAGUGCAGAUUUCAUGUUGGAAACUCAAUUAAGUGGCGGCAAUAAUAGCAACAAUGAUGCAAUAACGUCCACGGAAGUGAUAAACCAAAACACAAAUGGUAUCGAAUGCCAAGAACAACAACAACAACAACAACAACAACAAACACAACAACAUCAAGAAAUGAGGUCAGUUGUGCACUCAAUGGAAACGACAACAUGGCAAGAGAUUUUUAACCAACAAUAUUGCAACAACAUUAUCAAUAAUGAUGGCAACAUUGCCAGCAAUAGCAACAGCAACAGCAGCAGCAACUUCAGUGCUUUAAAAAAUUGUUCGCAUAUUGUAAGCAAUGGCAAGGAUGAUUACAAUUUAAGCGUAAUCAGCGUAAUUUAUCUGCAACAGCAGCACCGGAAGCAGCAACAAUAUCAGCAACAAAAUGGCGACGCUGCAAUUGCUGUUCGUGAAGGAGCGACACAUGCUCAUAAUUUGUUAUUGAAUAUUAAUGUAAGACAUAAAUAAAAAUACAUAGUUUUUAAUAGUUUUCCAUGGUUGCGACAGCAACACCGAAGGCUCCGAAGACUGUAAAAUAAAUAAAUGGAUCAGCCGUUAAAUGGGUGCGAGUUGGAAGAGAAAAAGUUGUCAUAAUUAAGUGCAGCACAGCAAGGAUAAUUUAUUUACUUUUUUUUUUUUGAUUAAUUUUCACCAACACUUGCAACUCUGCGUUAAAUUAUGCUACGGCACGUUUCGUUGAGGGCGCUUCCAUUGAUUUCUAAUUUGUUGCGCUUUUGUGUACUAGAUUCAACUUUUUCAUUCCGCGUUCACUUUUUCGCUGUAGAGCUGCUCCUGCAAACUGGACGGUUGCCAUUUGCAUUGAUUAAAAUGUCAACUAAACCGGAAGUGGCAGUUUAAUUUGUACGCGAUAAUUGAAUUUUAUUUUGCUCAAUUUUGCCCGCACAGAUUGAUUUGCCAUUGCUGCUACCACUGCCUUGGCGUCCAUUGUGAAGCAUCAAAUACAGCAAUGGCGCGAUGGCAGCAAUGGCGGCAACUGCAACAGUGAUGGCAACUACAGCAGUGAUGGCAACUGCAGCUAAAGUAUGACCGUGAAUAUGGCAGCUGUACUCGGCUGAGAUGGCAAAUAAAGAAAAUGGCGUUAACAAAUUUAAUUACGUUGAAUACGUCAUUAUGCGCGGCUUCAAGUCGCUGCAUUAUAUAAAGUGGAAAUGAAGUUAUUCUCCAUUUCCUACUUCCCUUUCACGAUUCUAUUUACUCGCUGUGAAAUUACACAAUUUCUUCUCAUUAUCGACAUGAUUGAAAAAAUCUUAAAUAAAUUGAAUUUUAAUUAAAGUAGCCACCAUUGGUAAAAGCAAAUAAACGCAAUAUUUACUUAUGUGGCUUGUCGUGCAUAAUUAAAGAAGAUAUACUUGAUUUGGAAAGAGAACAAAACCACUUACACUCUAGAGGAAGAAUUUUAAGAUUGAUAUCAGAAGUUAUUUCUAAAGAGAAAAGAAUAAAUAAAAUUAUAUUUUAAAAUAAAUUAAA